CCAGAUGUGCGUAGCCCUGAGGCCAUGCCAGGAGACCUCAUCCCAGCAGCUGAUGGGAUCAAAAAUACAAAGGAGGUUCUGCAGAGAAGUUGUGUAGCAGAUAGACAGUGGGGUCACAUCUCUGUGGAAGAAAUCAGAAGGGAUGUCCAAGGGGGCCCAGAACAAGGAGAGCACUUCAUGGAGCCACUGGGUAACUCUCCGGGAGAGAGGGCGAGGAACACCCCGGGUUGCAGUACAGGUCCAAAGCAGCCUGAGGAAACCAGGAGCAAGGAUGUGUGCCAGAUGAAAAAGCAGAAUCCAUGUGCUGAUUGUGAGAAAAAUUCUGACCUCAUUAACCACCACCGCAUCCACACAGGAGAGCAACCUGACCAGUGCUACAAGUGUGGGAAGAGCUUCAGCCAGAGCCCCAGCCCAGUCAACACUUGUGGCUUUGCACAAUGAUGAACCUUACAAAUCCCUCAAGCAGAGGAAGGGCUUGGGGCCAAAGUAAGACACGAUCCCUCUUCCUUGCAUGGGAGUAACCCACAGUGCUUUCUAUCAACUGGAGACAAGGUCUUGAGUGUACAUGAAAAGGAGAGUCCAGAGCAGGUUGUGGCAAAGCCACUGGACAGCCAUGGG